AUGGUUCGCAACAUCGCCAUCCUCUCGGGGUCCUCCCACCCGGGCUUCGUCGACUCCAUCUGCGAGAUGCUCGGCAUCGCGCCGGCCGCCCGUCUCCUGACCAAAUUCUCAUGCGGCGAAACCCGCUGCGAAAUCCGCGACUCCGUCCGCGGCAAGGACGUUUACAUCAUCCAGACCUUUGGCGUCGGCGGAGAGGGUGUUCCCCCCAAUUCAGGGAGUGGUGGUAGCGAUGGCAACAGCAGUGGCGGGUAUACAGUAAACGACUAUUUCGUCGAGCUCUGCAUCAUGAUUUCGGCGUGCAAGACGGGUUCGGCUAAGCGGGUGACUGCCGUGCUGCCACUGUUUCCUUACUCGCGCCAGCCGGAUCUGCCAUUCUCUAAGGUCGGGGCACCGCUGGUUGGCGGGAAUCCUAGGUUGGCGGAGGCAGGCAGGGAGGGAGGAUCGGGGGAGGAGAAAGCGGGGAGUAAUAACAAUGGGGAUGCAGGUGGUGAAGGGACGAAGGCCACUCCUGGGUGGGCGUCACCGGCUAAGCCGCAAUAUUAUACUACGCACGACUAUGAGAAUCCGGCGCUGAUGAUGGCUCUGCAGGCCCGCUCAGGGCAUAAGCAGUUUAUGGCACAGUCGGGGUCGUUGAUUGCAGAUUUGUUGACAUUCGACAACCUGCGGGCGCGAUCCAUUCUGCAACGCUACAUCGUCCAUCACAUCCCCAACUGGCGAGACGCAGUCAUCGUCAGCCCCGAUGCUGGCGGUGCUAAGCGCGCGACCGCCGUCGCCGACAGUCUCGGGCUGCCGUUGGCACUCAUUCACAAAGAACGCCGGCCUCCUCAAAUCACCCAACCCCCCGGCCCAACCAUGAUGCUAGUCGGCAACGUAGCCGGCCGCACGUGCAUCCUCAUCGACGACCUGGUGGACACAGCAUUCACCAUCACCCGCGCAGCUAAGCUGCUCAAGCGGGAGGGCCGGGCCACACGGGUCAUUGCGCUGCUGACACACGGCGUGCUAAGCGGAGAUGCGAUAGCCCGCAUCAACGCGACCGAUGCGUUGGACCGCAUCAUUGUGACAAAUACGGUGCCGCAGGAGCGGAAUCGCAGAGCGUGUAGCAAGCUGGAGGUGCUGGAUGUUAGUGGGGCGUUUGCGGAGGCUAUAAGGAGGGUGCACCAUGGGGAGAGUAUGAGCUCGUUAUUUCAGUAUGAUUGA